CGGGAGAGCGGCGGGCGGUCGGGGAGCCGGGCCCGCAGCGCUGAGCGGCCGCCGGAGCGGCGGCAGAAGAUUCUCCCCCAGCCUCUGAGAUGAUGGGACUGGGAAACGGGCGCCGGAGCAUGAAGUCGCCGCCCCUCGUGCUGGCCGCCCUGGUGGCCUGCAUCAUUGUCCUGGGCUUCAACUACUGGAUCGCCAGCUCCCGGAGCGUGGAUCUCCAGACCCGGAUCCUGGAGCUGGAGGGCAGGGUCCGCAGGGCAGCGGCCGAGAGAGGCGCGGUGGAGCUGAAGAAGAACGAGUUCCAGGGAGAGCUGGAAAAGCAGCGGGAGCAGCUCGACCGCAUCCAGUCCAGCCACGACUCGCAGCUGGAGAGCGUCAACAAGAUCUACCAGGACGAGAAGGCCGUUUUGGUGAAUAAUAUCACCACAGGUGAGAGGCUCAUCAGAAGCCUGCAAGACCAGUUGAAGGCCCUGCAGAAGAACUACGGCAGGCUGCAGCAGGAUGUGCUCCAGUUCCAGAGGAACCAGACCAACCUGGAGCGGAAGUUCUCCUACGACCUGUUCCAUUUGCUCUUCUUUUUCCAGUAUCUGAAGCUCCGAGCCCCCAGUGAGCCUCAGCCCAGGCCAGAGGAAGUGGACCUGCCCCAGGCAGAGGUGCCUCAAGUGAAAGGAAACGUUCCCAGCAAUGGUGAGCCCCAGACACCAGCCCCCAGUUCUGAGGCGGCUUUGGCUUUGAAGAGACAAGGUGAGAAAAAGGAAACCAACGAGAUUCAGGUCGCCAGUGAGGAGCUUCCGAGGGACAGCCUGGGGCUGCCCCAGGAGCCACGCCGAGAGCAGGCUGUGGAGGAAGACAGACCCGUGGGUGGAAGAGGCAUUGGAGAAGCUGAAGCAGUUGGCCAAACGCCACAGGUGCCAGGAGUGAUGCUGGCGAGCCAAGAAAAUCAGGACACGGAGGACCUGGAGCGGGACCAGCUUGUCAUCCCCGAUGGGCAGGAGGAGGAGCAGGGUGCUGAUGAGGAAGGAAGACACCAGCAAAAGCUGGGAGGAGAGGAGGACUACAACAUGGAUGAAAACGAGGCAGAAUCGGAAACAGAUAAGCAGGCAGCCCUUGCAGGGAACGACAGAAACCUGAACGUUCUUAAUGCUGAAAAUCAGAAAGACAUAAAUUUACUUGAUCAGCGUGAAAAGAGGAAUCACACACUCUGAAUCAACUGGAAUUACAUACUUCAUGUCAGGAUUGAACAGAGAUCACUACGAAGUAUUUAUGAGGGGUUGAAUACUGUGAAAUGUACUAAGGAAAAUAUACAUCUAAAGAUGAUUAUUGUGGAGUUUUAAUAUGUACUUUAUGUAGGAAAAUGAUUGUGUUGUAGAUGGUUUUUUCGAAUUAUUUAUACUAAGGUAUCAGAAUUUGUCAGCUAAUAGGUAUGAGAAGAUCAACAUCAAAAACAGAACCCAAGUUCUCCAAGUAUGGUGACAGUGGCGCUUAAAAAAUUCUGGAAUGUAACUUUGUUUAAAAAAAAAAUCAAAGCCUGUAGAAGAGUCUGUCUUCUGACACCAAGAGACCCACCGCACCUGAGAAUUCUUCUCUGGUCCCUUUGGUGUCCCGCUUCACAUGCUGUGCUGAGUGGCUGGUACCAGCCCGAUAUUUCUGUUCUCACAGGUCAGUGCUGAACGAUUCCUGGCUUAUACUCUCAUGUGCUCACUUCUGGUUCCGACAGUGGCCUGGAGUACAAAACUGUUAACACAAACAUCACUAGCAACAGUUUUGAACAAGUCUAUAUACAGACAUUUUGUGAGAAUUUUUUAAAAAACUUAUAUAACCUUUGUCAUUAAUGUACAAAAAUGCUUCUAAGUGACUUGUAAUUUGAACAUUUGUGAUCUAUUUUUACUUUGCUUAGUAUGUGCGGGCAAAGCAAAAUCUUCUGUAUUAAGUCCCUAUUACCAAGAGCCAUGAGUGGAUUAGACUUUUGACACAACAGGGGCCAAACAAGAGCUGACCCUGGGGCCUGUAGCAGAGCACUGUGGGGGCAUGUUUGCUGUGGACUGCCCAGUGCACCAUUACAGGAAAAGGAGAGGAAGUUGAUGUUAAGAGUAUAUAGUGUUACACAGGGGGAAAGUUUAGAAAGGCAAGAGAAAUUAACAGUUGUUUUUGCCAUAGUCUGUACGUUUGGCUUAUGGUAAAUGACUAUCAACAGUGAUUUAAAAAUCAAUGUUAAUUUGAAAAGGACUAAUCAUAAUUCACCUUGAGUUGCUUCUCUGUAUUUCCAGUAAGUAGGCUCUUGCCACUUACGAAUGACUGGCAAAGUCACACUAAUGACUCUCAGGUCUUAAGGGUAAGUGGGUAGUGAUACUUACUCUUACAAGUCAGAGGAUUUGAGAUGCAGGAGCCUCAGAUCACCUGGUAUAACCCCUCAACUUGAGAGGAACUGGGGGUCCAGAGAAGUUAAAGAACUACGCAGGCCAGACAGCUGGUGAGCUGGAUGCCUGGCCCCUCACCUGCUCUGGACUCAUGGUGCCCCUGGCUGGCACUGAAGGCAGGACCUGGUAUGCAUUCAGGUUAAGAUCUCCAAUGUGAAUGUUACUCGUGUAGGUACCUUUUUACUUAAUUGCUAGGAUUAAACUUUUCUACCUGGAAAAGGCAACUAAAGGGUGUUAAAAAUAGCUUUGUAAGAUUUUAUCUAAGCCCUUGUCCAACUUCUCUUUGUGUCUUAGCCUUCGGGUUGAUAAUCUCUCUUGCCUUUUCAAUAAAACAUCUAUUCAUUCCAUGUUUAAUCAGUGUGCAUAGAGUUCUAAGAAACAAGACUGUUACAGUUCAGCUGCUUUGUUUUCCUUUACUGCCCUAUUGGACUCCUCAAGAAUCAGCUUGCAAAUUAUAGAUUAAGAAUGGUUUGCCUUAACCCUUUUGUGGACUGAGAUGGGAUGUCAAUAUAAAUAAAAAAUGACCACACUGUUUCCAUCUUCAUGUAGAGGCACCAAAGGCCAUUCGUUCGGGAGGUGUGUACUGUGAGUAAUCUCUCCAGUCAUGCUUUCUUACCACCGGCUUACCUUGACAUCACAUAGGCAACCAUUUAUAGUGGUGUCAUGGCUUUUUUUUUUUUUUUAAAGCAAAACAAAAACCUGUGUAAUACAUAAGUAGAUGGCAAACCCCCCACUUUGGUCUUAUGGUUUCAUCCAAAAUUAGCAGCUAUUCCAAUUUUUAAUAGGUGUGAACUAUUUAAUUUACACCUUCCUCUGUUUUCUCAAAUGGUAUGUAGACAGGAAUGUGAAGACCCACCUUUUCUUCUGCAGAUGGGACUGCAGAUUCCCUGCACAAUACUCAGAUUUCUUGAGUAAUGAAAGCACUGCACAUACUUAAUGUACUUUUGUGUGAUGGAAUUUGACAAAUAAACCAAUACCUGUUAA